AGGAGUCAUAUGACCGCUGUUGUCAGUGUAAAACAGGAAGUUUGCGCCGAUGAACCGGGGGGUUACCGAGCAAACUAAAAAGAAAGCGACAGUUUCUAUUACAGUGGAUCAAUUAUCAGAUGUUCUUCCUGCUGUUAUAUGAACGCUGUUUUUAAGGAUGGUUAUGAGCUGCACAUCAUGGACCAGGUGACAGGCAGGAGGAGGAGAAUGGAGGACGAGCACGAGCGCGGUCUGAUCGGAGCGCACUCUACUGCAUCACAGUCUGUGGGAAGCCAGGAUGUAGGUUCAUCGAGGUUUGUCUACAUCCUCGCCUUCUUCUCCGCUUUGGGAGGCUUCCUCUUCGGCUACGACACCGGGGUGGUAUCUGGGGCCAUGCUUUUGCUCAAGAAAGAGAUGAACCUGAGCACCUUGUGGCAGGAGUUGCUGGUCUCCAGCACUGUCGGUGCGGCGGCGCUCUCAGCUCUUGCAGGCGGAUUUCUGAAUGGUCUUUACGGCCGCAGGAAGUGCAUCAUGCUGGCCAGCAUCAUUUUUACUGCGGGGGGAAUCAUUUUAAGCCUGGCACCUAAUAAAUCUGUUCUUCUCAUCGGUAGGCUUAUUGUUGGGCUUGGCAUAGGAAUAGCAUCUAUGACCGUGCCAGUCUACAUAGCUGAAGUGUCUCCUCCUCAGCUCCGGGGUCAACUGGUCACCAUAAACACACUGUUUAUCACAGGAGGUCAGUUCAUAGCCAGUGUGGUGGAUGGAGCCUUCAGUUACAUGGAGCAUGAUGGAUGGAGGUAUAUGCUGGGUUUGUCAGUAGUCCCUGCUGUGCUGCAGUUUUUGGGAUUCUUCUUCUUCUUGCCUGAGAGUCCUCGCUGGCUCCUGCAGAAAGGUGAUUCUCAGAAGGCCCUGGAGGUGCUCACACAGAUACGAGCCACAGAGAGUGUGAACAAUGAGUAUGACAGUAUCAAGUGCAUUAUUGAAGAGGAGGAAAAGGAAGCAGGAGGGAGACCAGUUCUGUUCCGUAUCCUGUCUUGUGCUCCUGCCCGGAGAGCUCUGAUUGUGGGAUGUGGCCUUCAGAUGUUCCAGCAGCUUUCUGGAAUUAACACUGUAAUGUACUAUAGUGCUACAAUUUUGCAAAUGGCUGGAGUGAGGGAUGAUAAGCAAGCCAUCUGGCUUUCUGCUGCUACUGCAUUCACCAAUUUCCUGUUUACGCUGGUGGGUGUUUUUCUGGUGGAACGUGUGGGCCGAAGAAAACUGACUCUGGGCAGCAUUACUGGUACUGCUGUUAGUCUGUCUGUCUUGGCUGUGGGAUUCCUUCUUUCUGCUCAGACCUCUCCUCCAGUGAACUUUCACCCCAGUGACCCAACUUCUCUUAACUCAACCUGCACACACUAUAGAUUUUGUGAACAGUGUAUGUUGGAUCCAAACUGUGGCUUUUGCUACUAUGAGAAUGGCUCAAACAUAUCAGACUCUUCCUGUGAGCGAGUGGAUCCAGGCAACAUCGAGCUAGCAGCAAGUGGCAGGUGCUCCAAUGGUACAGAAGAAAAUCCAAGUGCAUACUGGGCCUACAACUACUGCCCAACCUCCUAUUCCUGGAUAGUAUUGCUGGGUCUUAUUCUUUACCUGGCCUUCUUUGCUCCAGGGAUGGGGCCCAUGCCAUGGACAGUGAAUUCAGAGAUUUAUCCACUGUGGGCUCGGAGCACAGGCAAUGCCUGCUCCGCCAGUGUCAACUGGAUCUUCAAUGUCCUUGUGUCUCUAACAUUCCUCCACGUGGCCGAGUACCUCACAUACUAUGGUGCAUUUUUCCUGUACGCUGGCCUGGCUGUGAUUGGCUUCUUUUUCAUGCUUGGAUGUCUACCAGAGACCAAGGGACUCAUGUUGGAGGAAAUAGAGACUCUGUUUAGCAGGCAACUCUGCACCUGUGGCACACCUGGUGGCGAAAAUGCACAUUACAUCAGGCCUCGUCUGGAUUUGGGAAAGUUGCAAUAUGGGACACUGGAACCUGAUGUAGGAAUUGCGUACAUAUCAGUAAGUACACUAAAUCAUUAGGGUAUUUACGACUGCCAUUGAUGCCAAGCUCACAACUUUAUGUAUUUUUGUGAAAAAAAAUUGUGAUCAGUCUAUAAAAAUAUAUAUUAGAAAUAUAGAUUUGAAAUGUAGGUUAAUUUAUAUAUCUCUAUCUUCUAAUGCAGCUGCAGUAAUGGUGCAGUUAUUCCUGGAUUUUCCUUUUAGGAACAAUCAACAGCACAUUUGAGAUCAUGAUCAAUGAACUGAGAUUUUUUUUAUUUGAAGAUUAUUUUAUUUAUCUAGUUGGGACUUUAAGCUCUGCCACUACAGUUAUUAUUAACAAAUUAUUGAUUUUUGGGAUAAAUUCAUGCCCUACAAGUGUUUACUCAUUAUGUCUGACAAUAUGUUAAUUAUUAUAUGGGGUUGAAGAGAAAAUUACAACUUGAUGCUUUUAAGGACUGGUCACUGUAUUGUGUUAUGUGGAUUAUUAAACGUUUCAUUGUGUUAGAUUAACGGUUUCCAAAAUAACCAAAGAACAAUCUGAACCUUCUAUAAUUUUAACUGACAAACCAUGAAAUUCUCCCGAUUUUGUCAAUUAAAUGUACACAUGACAUAUACAGUUUGUACUAAUAAAUAUUAUAGUAAUAUAGUUUAAGCUAAUAUUGUAUUAUGUUCUGGUAUAUGAAAUGACCCGACCAAGGACCUCAACAGUAUCUUUACUGAAUACAAGAAUCCAUGAACUCCUUUUGGAAACCCGGGUGUUGGAUAUAUCUCAGCAAUAGCAAAAACAAUACUCCAGUCUGCUAUUUAAGAUGUAUCUUAUAUUGUUACAUUAUUCUUAUUACUUUGUGCAUUCAAAGUUGUUCAUCUUUUCUAUUAAAUAAAAUUUGUCAGAAUGAA